CGUCUUUCCAGCACGUGCAUACUAGAAUGGCGUAUGGGAAAAUACGGGAGCGUCUGAUCCUUAUACUAAGUUCUUUCACAUGCAUUACUUUAGUGCAGUGCAGUCAUGUGCUACAAUUGUCUGAAAAUGAAAAAGCAAAUGAUGGUGGUAAAUUUAUAUCAGAACAACAUAUGUUUGACCACGACCGAUAUGAGGCUUUACCUGAUUUUGAGUACCUAGGUGAUUACGCCAUUGUCUCAGGGCAAGUCAGUUCUUCUGAAGCAGCCUGGUAUGCCAUGUCUCCAAGUUUGAGGUGUGGUGAUGAUCUUAUGAAGUUGCAGCUCAGUGGUCCUGAAGUAGCACAAGUUGAGCUUUGUCGAGGUAAUGGGGCACCUGUUCCCCUCAAUGAGUUGCCACUUCACUGUGGACACACCAUACCAACUUAUGGAGGUCUUAUCUAUGCUACCCCCUAUGAUGGAUGUGGUGUUGCACAACAGGGCGGGAGUUAUGUAAUGCAGAUGCAAUGGCAGGGAAACGGUGCAGUCAUUUCUUGUCCUAUGACCUCUACAACUGCAAACGAAACCUUCCUAGGACCUCUUUCUUCAUAUCAGCAGAUUCUGCUGCCUCCCCUUUAUCCUGAUAAAUUUACUCUAACUAUGCCAGAAUUAUCUGCAACACUCAAACCUCUACCUUAUGGGUACCCUCAAGUGUUUCCACAAGAGUUUUGGCCUUACUACUACCCUCGUUACCAUUAUCCUGGCAAGGGUUAUCCCACAGCUGAGCCAGCAGAGAAACCUCCAUCAGAUGCCCAAGCACCAAACCAGAAGCCUCAAUUUCCAAAGUACCCCCAUAUGAUUUGGCCAGAUCACUACCCUCAUCAUGGCAAACCAAAGCCCAAUGAGAAACCAGUUCCCACCACCACAUCAGUUGCCCAAGCACCACCUAAGAAGCCUCAACCUCCGAAGGACCGCCAGAUAUUUUGGCUGUAUUACUACCCUGAUGACCAUUAUCUAGUCAGACCAAAGCCCACAGAGAAACCAGCACCAGCCAUCCCCACACCUCCCCCACCAGGUUCGCCCAGAAACUGCAACCCCCAACCCUGGAAGUCUAUUCCCUCAGUAUAG